UGAAGACACUGUUCCCAUACCUCUCAUUGUUGGUUGCACUAUUAGUCCUCUUUGAAGUGUCUCAGAAAAGUGUUAGAUUAUCGACAAUCGUAUCGAGAAACAUCACUAGCAAAUCAAGUCUAACAUGUCUUUCAUCGUCGACUGGGCCAAGGACACCGCAGCUGGCUAUCUGAAGACCGGCAUCCAAGCAGGUGGAACGCUCGCCGGCAAUACUGUUGGAGGUGUCGGUACCCUCAUUGAAAGCACUGGUCGAUCUGUCGGAGAAGGUACCGUGGCCGGCGGCGUCCGGGGCGUCGGAAACUACAUCAACAGCUAUGGCGACAGCCUCAAGUCGUCGAUGGCGGCGGACGGGCCUGUGAGCACUGCACAGAAGGCUGCGGCCAAGCCUGCUGGUGUGGUCGACAAGAAGGCUCCUGCUGUUCCAAAGACGCUGCCAGCUGCUGGUGGUGUUCCUAAAGCUUUGCCACCCGCCGGUAGUGCACCCAAAGCAUUACCGGCUCCAAUGCCCAAGGCCAAUGGCGUGCCCAAGCCGGCAGUGCAGCCGCCGAGAGGUGUUCCGAAACCAGGUGUUACUAACAAGACGCCUGACGGCAAGGUCAGGAUAAACACGGAAAGUCGACCGAAGCCAGCUGUUGGUGCCGUGAAGCCUGUCGGUACUGGAGCGGCACCAAAACCGCAGUCAAAUGCGAUCCCGAAAACCGGCACGCCAGCGAGCAACAAGGCGCCUGAUGGCAAGGUGCGGAUAGCGGCAGAGAGUCGACCGAAGCCUGCGUUGAAAAGGUAAGCGGGCAGUCAACGAAUUACGUCAAGUCAUAUGAGGGUGGGCCACGCAUGCAUCAUAUUUAGCGAGCAUUCAAGUGUUCAGUCUCAUCACCACAAGGGUCUGGCAUGCAUCGAUAUAGGAGAUCAAACCUCAUUCUGCCCAGUCAGUUCACGUCAGUACGCAAGUAUCUUCAUUGUAAGUCGUCUCCUAG